AUGGAGCCUUCAAAGCCAUCCGCGCAGUACGUCGACGCCGCAACACAAACCACCUCUCAGGACACCACAGCGCCCUCUCCAAACGCAGCAUCUCCUCGCUACAAAGAUGCCGCAACACAAGCAUCUGCUCCAAACCCUUCACCUGUUCCAAUGUCCGCUUCGGAAAUCUCACACUUUGCUUCGCGUUUGCGGACCCUAUCACCACCAUCACCACGCGCUAGCUCGUCACAAGCACCCGACGUAUCUGCCGAAUCAUCCGACGACGAUGAGAGCAUAGACGAUGAGACGAUAGAUGCCACAAUUCGACAAGCAAUGGAAUUUGCGAAGCAACACUUGGCUUUCAUCCAAGAAAGCGAGAAUCCGCCCAACGAGUCCCAGUACACGGCUGCUCAUCAGGCGCAAAUUCAGCACGUCAUCAGCACCGUAAAGGCCGCAGUGCAAAUGAGGCGGAAGAUGGAUGCUCAUAUCGCGCGUACGAAAGAAUACCUCGAUAGCCACGCCGCGAGUGCAGCGGAAGCAAGCAGAAUUCAUCAAGAGACGUUACGGAUGGUGGAGGAGAUCAAUGCAGCACUUGCACGCACGGAACCAGAAAGCGAGGUAAAUACGGAGGAUGCACCCGCUGGAUCCACGGAGUCUGAUGCUCAGAAAAGCGGUCGCCAGGACGGGUGCAAGACGCAGUAG